ACUUCCGCCAGCGGUCUCCGGUCCGCCGUGCGCCUGCGCUACGCUCCUCCCCCCUUUCCUCUGCGGCGGUGUCCUGACUUCAGGGCAAGUCGCCAGCGCGCCCCUCCCCCCGGUGAGGUGACUGAGAGGGACGUGCUCCGGCAGCGAUGGAGAUGCCGGAUAUUGUGAGGCAAAAUAAAAUUGCGGAACUGAAGAACUUCCUCUGUUCUUCUAAGUUACAAAAUAAUCCUACUGCAGCAAGUCCUGUUUUUGAAGCAAAUGGUAAUCAGCCUGUCUACCCAAACUCCCUUCUUCCAGUGAAGUCAGUCCAGCACAGACCAGAGAUGGUGAGCAGUCAGCCUCUCACCAUAGUAGAUAACGGCAAAAAGAAAAAGAAAAAAAGGAGGACCAGAGCCACAGACCAUCUCCCAGGGAAGUUUGAAGACUUGUACAAGCUGACUGCUGAGCUCCUUGGUGAGGGAGCAUAUGCCAAGGUUCAAGGUGCUGUUAGUCUGCAAAAUGGGCAAGAAUAUGCAGUAAAAAUAAUUGAGAAAAACACCGGACACAGUCGAAGUCGUGUUUUUCGAGAAGUAGAAACAUUGUAUCAGUGUCAGGGUAACAAGAACAUUUUGGAGUUAAUAGAAUUUUUUGAAGAUGACACAAGGUAUUACCUUGUCUUUGAGAAAUUGCGAGGAGGUUCGAUCCUAGCCCACAUACAAAAGCGAAAGCACUUUAAUGAACGGGAAGCCAGCAGGGUGGUAAGAGACAUUGCGUCUGCUCUGGAUUUUCUGCAUACAAAAGGCAUUGCACAUAGGGAUCUGAAGCCUGAAAACAUAUUGUGUGAAUCUCCAGAAAAGGUGUCACCAGUGAAAAUAUGUGACUUUGACCUUGGUAGUGGAGUGAAACUCAACAGUGCAUGUACUCCAAUAACUACUCCUGAAUUAACUACUCCAUGUGGUUCCGCGGAAUACAUGGCACCAGAGGUGGUUGAAGUCUUCACAGAGGAGGCCACAUUCUACGACAAGCGCUGUGAUCUGUGGAGUCUGGGUGUGAUUUUGUAUAUCAUGCUCAGUGGCUAUCCCCCUUUUGUGGGGAACUGUGGCACAGACUGUGGCUGGGACAGGGGAGAAGUCUGCAGAGUCUGUCAGAAUAAGCUCUUUGAGAGUAUCCAGGAAGGCAAGUAUGAGUUUCCAGACAAGGACUGGUCUCAUAUAUCCAAUGAUGCCAAAGAUCUCAUCUCAAAGUUGCUAGUUCGUGAUGCCAAAGCAAGACUUGGUGCUGCUCAGGUUCUUCAGCAUGUAUGGCUGCAAGGGCAGGCUCCUGAAAGGGGAUUACCCACGCCACAAGUUCUUCAAAGAAGGAACAGUAGCACGAAAGACCUGACACUUUUUGCAGCAGAGGCCAUUGCCCUUAACCGUCAGCUGUCACAGCACGAGAAUGAGCUGGGCAAAGAGCAAGAGAACAUCGCUCAGGCCAUGUGUUCCAUGAAGCUUUCUCCCCCAUCCAAAUCCCGCUUAGCCAAACGCAGAGCAAUGACCCAAGCUACCAAAAAUGGUGACUUCCAACCAGUCACCCAUGCAGGCCUUUGACAUGCUGACCCUGCUGUAAGUUCUAAUGGGAUUGGUCAGCUUUACUUCAUGUAUUUUAAAGUCUAAUAGACAUCAAGGUUUAAUGACUUAGUAGGAAGCUCAUUUAUAAAGGGACUUGUACCUUUAAAUGGAUACAUUUUGUAGGAAUGUUUUUGCUUGACGGAUUUGGUUGAUUAGGACAAUUUAAUCGAAAUUCUUUUUAAACUAAAGAAAGCAGGGUUGCUGCUUUGUUACCAGAGAUUAUAAACCACUAAGCUUUCCUUGUUUUCUCUUAAAAGAGCCCACUUUAAAAUGUAGACUUGAGAACAUUUGGAAAAGUUCUUCUCUUGCUUUGCAUGUCAGAGCACAAAGACUUUCUAACCCCAACUCAACCACCCUUGUGUAGGAAGCCAUGGUGCUGCUCCUUUGGGGCCUCUUGGUGCUGCUCCUUUCAUCAACUGGAGCUGCUGCUAAUGACCUACUCCGUACACUUCUUUCAACCCACCAAAAGGCCGUGAGUGCCCCUUGUCCUUCACACCUACUGACUCAGGAAGUGCAGAGGAUUCUUAAGGCUGGAUCCUGCAAUUUGAUGAGCACUCUCCACUCCCAUUGGCUUCAGUUGGAGUUAAGCACAUCCUGCAAGAUGCUGAGAAUGCUCAAGCAUGUAACUGGCUCAGGGCCUUGGAAAUGAACCAAAUGCCUGGAAGUAGAUUUUCAUCUUUUGAGGAGGUGGUUUAGGCAAGCCUGUGGACCCAGAACACUGUUUUAUUUCUAUACCAGACACCUCUUUAUAUUCUCAUAACUAGAAUGUACUCAGACUUACCUCUGUUUUAAUACAUUAAAUUUUCUUGCCAGUUACAUUCUUAAAUCUGAAUCUGAUACAAUAGUCUUUGCAGAGAAACUUUAAACAAAUGUAUGUUACACUAAGGAUAAUGAUGUAGGGAAUCUUUGCCUCAUGAGGAGCAUGUCCCUAAUUACUUUUUCCUGUGUUAUCCUGACUGUAUUUGUUGAUGUACGAGGGUGAAUGCACAGGUUCCAAUCAAGUAUUAUUUUGGUGAGAAAUCUGAGCUGUUCCAGCCAGUGGGAAGAUACAGUGUAUGAGGGGGGAGGGGGCAUGGUCAGGCACUUGCAGCAGUCAAACCAGGUGGGUGAGGUUAGAUCAGAAUGAUUUUGUUACUGCAUCGUUACAUUAUGCAGACUGAGCCAAGGUAGUUCAAGAGCUAUCGUGGAAGUGCAUUGGCCCAAAUUUUCAAAAGUCACUAGCAAUUUCAAGUUUUCAACUUGAGGUACCUUAACCACGCUUAGUUUUCAGAAAGCGCUCAGCACCCACGCUGCAAAAGUUGGCCCCUUUAAGUUUCUCAGCCUGGGCACCCAAAAGUGCUAGUCAUUUUUGAAAAUUUACACUAAUGUGUCGUGGCAGGUGAAAAAUAUGCCUUCAAAUUUCAGGAUUAAUCAUCCCAAACAGCUAGAGAAUGAACACAGGAAACCAAUCCAGCAAACCAGUGGAAAUGGAGAAUUCUGAACUAUAGCAGAUUUCAUCACCCAGUCUGUCAGAGAGUUUCACAUUUGCCUUUGAGAAGUGUGUGUGUGUGUGUGUGUAUUUUUAUAUAUAAAAAUAUUUUUAUACAACAUGCUGUAUUGGUGACUAAUAAGAAAAUGUUAUACUUUAUUUAAACUAUUUUAUAUAUUGUCAGUGGUAAAGAUUGUGAAUUGUGCUUAGCCUUGUUUUUUUAAAAUAUGUUAAGUUAUAGAUUUAAUACAUUCCAUCAUUUACUAUGUAUUUCUGGUCUGAUUUUGGAGACUGAAAACUCAGGAAACUAUUUGCUUACCCCUCCCUGUGACACUCUUGUUAACUUGUGUACUGAAAAUUAAACUUAAUUUACCUUCUA